AUGCUACAAAGAAAUGCCUACCUAGAAUGCGAAGAGCAACUUAUUGAAAGGAAUAUGAUGAAUAGAAAUAGUCAGACGUCACGGUGAAUAAUCUUUUUCAGGAAAAUCCUCGGCUACAACUUUGAGGACGAUCACGUCGUUUUUCCUCCCACGCAACACUGUCAAGACGAUCAAUAUUAAUAGUAAAACGACUAGUCGGUGGGUCUUUGGAAAAUUAGAGAAAAAGAGGAUCUGAGGAAAGUUGAUAGUUUAAUAUGAACCACUAAAAAGAACAGCUUGGACUUCUUUUAACAAAUGUUUUACGAAAGUUCAAAAAAAAUUAUAGAAAAAGUUUUCGUAGUGGUACUAGGGAUCUCUAGGCUUCAACUAGAGAUUUUUAAUCAGAGUUAAAAAGGAUAUAAGGAAAAGAUAGAUAGCUUGAUAUGAACCUUUAAAAAAAAAUCGGACUAUUUUUUUGACUUUUGUAGGAGAGACAAAAGUCUAGAAAAAGGUCCCUUCCGAUGAGAAUAAAAAGCGUAGAGAUACUAAGAAUCUGGAGGCUCAAAAUAGGGUUUUUUUGUACCGAAAAUGAAAACUGGACUUCUUUUAACAAGUUUUGUACGAGAUUAUGUUUGAAAGUUAAGAAAUAGGGAAGAAAACUAGGAAUAGGGAGAAUUCAACUAGAAUCGAGUCCGCAGCAAAACGAUAAGCUUUAAAGAAAAAAACAAGAGCUUCAUAUAAAAACUGGGAAAGUCGCAUAUUUCUCAUUCAAAAAAUUACAUUUGGGUCCUGUGAGCUCCAAAAAUGAAAAGAAAAUUUGAAGAGUCACUAAACUUCAACUAGAGGAAUAGUGAUUCGACUGCGUAAUUACGGCUCGACACGAAAAUGUGGAACACUUGAAGUAAUGGAAUGCUAAUUUUCCUCGUCGAUUGGGUUUUUGAUUAGUUGGUAGUACGAAGAGAUCAUGAAUUGCUGAAUUCGAAAAUUGUUGAAAAUUUUAUAAAAUGGAAGUUUCUUUUGUGUUUGGGUCAUAUUUCACUUUUCAUCAAAAUUAUUACAACUGGGAAAAUGUCAAUUUAAAAAUUGAAGGCUCAUUUUUUGCACACUUUUGCGCUCUGCCGAUAAAUUUCAAAAUUUAUCAAGAAAUCGACCAUUCCUAUCACUCUUUUUUAAUGUCGUGUUCGAAAUAAUUUCCGCAUUAUUCAAAAUUAUGAUUCUUCAAAAUUAAGUUAUCUUAUUUAUUCUCUGACACCUGUUUCGAAACUACGAUUUUUUCACUAUUGAGCUCUACAGAUAAGUUUUGAAGUUUUUAUUUAUAUUCCGGGUUUAAUCAAUGAGCCUGAAAAAGUUCCGAAGCCGAUUCAUUCAAAAACCUUGACAGAACUUUCCAAGGACCACAUUCCACUUGAGGAAUUUAUUCGAACUAAUUCCAUUUUUGCGUGGCUCCCUUUGUUGAUUCUCGACGCAUGGAAGCAGAUAGGAUUACAUUAUGCGGUCUCGCGUUAUUUGCGCCGAAUCUCAUUUUGACUCCUCUUCCACUCGAAAUUACUCUUCGCGCUAAUAUUCAUGAAAGGACGGCUUAUCAGAUCCGCUUCGGGCCGAUUUGAUGUUGAUUGGAAGGGAUUUUAUCUGUUUGGGAGAUCUAGAAGUUUAUAGAAGGGUGGGAAAUAAGCAAAAAGCUGUUUUUGAACUUUCAAAGUUUAUCUGAAAAUUUGGUAAAGUUGACGAUUUUCUGUCGAUUGAGUUCAUUUCAGUAGCUUUUGUAAAAAUUAAUUGUUCUUUUCAGUUCUGAAAUAUCCACUAUUUUAAAUUUCAAAAGACAAAAACUAUUUUUUUUUUACAAGCCUGUGAUAAAUAUUUGAAUAGGAACUUUUCUAUGAAGCUUCUUUUCUACCAAAAAUCCCGGCUUAAAAUUUAAAUAUAACGGGUUUUUUAUUACUAAAUUUGUACUAAAUUUCAAUUUUUUUAUUCAAAAAAGAACAAGCUCCACUAGAAGCAGAAAGCUUUAGCAGAAGACAACAAGUUUAUCAAAAAAAGGAUGUUUGAUUCCAGAGGUCAUCAAGUUAGAUGGCUUGUAAGAAAAAUCAAUAUUCUCUUCAAAAAACAAGCUACUGAAUCAUAAUAUCUCACGGGAGAAGACCUAAAAAAGAAGGUGUGGAAAUUCUACACCUCACUAUUUUCUGUUGACGAAAACAACAAUUAAUUGAGAAUGAACUGGAAUUUGCAGGCAGAUGAUCGUGACGCUGCUGCGGAAGUUCCGAGUCGCGGACAACCCGCGGAAGUUCGCUCUAUACGAAUGUGUCCAUCAAGCCGAUGAAACCACCUGCACACUUUUACGUGAGGAUUUUCUGUUUUCGAAGUUGUAAUUAGUUCAUUCGUGGGCAAGUACAGAACUCAACUGGUCCAGGAGGAAGGGUUAACUUUUAAAAUUUUUGAAAAACUAGGUAGAAAAGUUAGUUUUAAGCCCAGGGAGGCGGUGUCGACGAAAAUAAACCUAAAGAUUGCCCUUAAUUUUAGCCUCAAGAUAUUAUAUCAUGGCAUUUUGAAAUGCAAAAUUAUAUACUUGCGCGAAAUGGUCACGUUUUUACUUUAAUUAUAGUUGAAAAAGGCUACUGUAUACACAGGUUUCGCUUCAAGAUCUGUAAAUUAAUAUUAGGAUUUUUUGGACACAUAGGCGAAUUCGGAAAGAGUGGAAAAAGGCUUCAUAGAAAUGUUCUUUUUUUGCUGCUUUUUUGCGCCAUUUUCUCGGUCCUUGUGCACCAUUUUUGCUGCCUCUCGCUAUGUCCACCAUUUCUAGAGCCUUUAAAAUCCCAGAAAAAAUGGAAGGCUCGAUAAAGGGACUCUCUUUACUGCAUUUCUGCGGCCUUUUUUGAGCCUUUUCCUUCUCACGGUGUUUCUUUUGCGACGCCCCGCCCACUUUUCUCCGUCAAUUAGGACGUGUUUAGGGCAUGCACAAAAAAUUUGGAAAAUAAGGUUAACCGAUGAUAUAAGUGUGAGAAGCGAAUGAACAUUGAAGAAAAAAGACGAGGAAAUUAAAAGAGAUUAAAUAAAACUAUAUUGCUGUGGAGAAACAAAUAAAAAUAUGUUUUACAGCAAGUACUUUUUUUAUUAUAAAAAAGUUGACGGAAUAUCCGGAUAUAAAUGAGUUCCGGAACAUACUUUCUCAACUUCACAGACUUUUUUCAUGUAACUUCAUCUCAUUGAUGUCCACAACCUAGGAAUCUGAACAAUCGACAAAAAAAUAGAAUGACAAAAACAUAAAAUGGGGUGAAACAUGUUCCAUACAAACAGGUGGAGAUUUUUCAAAAACGCUUCUUCAUCACGAGUUUUUAAAGUUAGCCUCACAGAACUACUUUCAAAAAAACGUCUAACAACCCAGAGUAUACCCCGAUCGUGGUCCCGCAAUACUAUCAGCAAUCUACGAAAAGAAAAAGUGAAAAAAUAUGAAAAAAUUCACAAAAAAUCAAAAAUAAAGCCACUUUUUCAAAUUUCGCGGGCGAAUUUCGAGAAGUGCGCAGACUUUGCCGAGUUUCAAAUUCCUUGCAUUUUCUUCAACUGGCAGAAACGCCGUGUUCUAGCGGCCACCAUUUCUUUUGUAUUAACCUCAGGCAUUUCCUAAUUUGAAAUUCUUUGAUGACUGUGAGGAGAAAUAAACUUUUAUUAGCCUUUAUAGGAGUUUCAAAGGCUUAGUGGUCCUUUUAGAGGUUUUCGUUUUUUCAACAAAAAAAAAAUCAUUUAUAGCUCGUUUUUUACCUGAAUGGUCACUAUUCAAUCUUUUUAUGUACUUUUAUGAACUUUGACAUCAUUGGAAUCCUGAAAAUUUUCUGAAUUUUGACCAUUUUUAGGAGCAGGAAACACAAAAAAUCAAUUCAUAAAGCCUACAUUUCUCAUUUCUUCAAUUUUCUAUCCAAAAGUCCUCGAUUCGAACUCGUCUUUUGUCAUUUUUUGAACCAAAUUUCGCAUUUCCGGUCCCCUAAAGAAUUGAUUUUCCCCUCUUUUUGGACUUGUUGAAAGCAAGGUGGCGUAAAAUUCAUGGCUUUGUGAAGUUCCUUUUUCUUUCUUUCUUGAAAUCCACUGCGUACCUAUUUUUAGCCUAUUCUUUGGAGAAUCUUCUGGAAAGGCGCUGGAAUGGCUAGCUAGGAAAAUAAAUUUUUUGUACAAAAUUGGGAAAAAAAGUUUCAUUAUUGAUAACGAGUUUUGCGCGGGAAAAAAAUUACUGAGCCAUUGAAAAAAAUAAAUAUCAAAGUUUCAAACAAAAAAAUAUUUUUUUAAGUAUCCAAAAAAAUGUAGAAUAAUGGCAGUGAAUCGUAAAAAAUGAUUUAUUUUGAAGCCUAGGAGCAAAAUUAGCUUCGGCAAGCUUUGGGAAUAGGCUAGAAGCUGAAGAAACUAGUUCUACUAGUAAAAAAAAUGGAUAGACGCUCAAAAAGAAGAAGAAAGAAGAAGAAGAAAAUAAAGAAUGAAGUAGGAAAAAACAAUAAAUUUUCGGCUAUUGUGCAAAAAUGGGCAAGAAAAUUGGCUCAGCGAGCUUCUUGGAAAGAGGCUUGAGGCUUAAGAAAGUAGUAUAAUUUUUGAAUUUGAGUUUUAAAAAAGUAUCGGGAAAACUAAUAUAUUUUUGGUUAUUUUUCAAAAUUCGUUAUGUAGUGUUUUGGAAAUUGGCCGGACGUUCUCUAAUCUUUUUUUUAUGAAACGAGGAAGAAAAAUUUAGGCUUUAAAAGUGAAAAAGGAAGGAGAAAACAAUGAAUUUGUGGUCAUCAGUUCGAAAAUAGAUCAUAAUUUUGUCUCGGAUAGAUUUUUGAAAUGAGCUUGGAAGCUAUAGGUACCAGUUCAAAAGUCGAAUUUGAAAAAAAUAAGAGAGCCCCAAAAGUAGAAGAAAGUGGAGGAAAACAAUAAAUUUCAUCCAUUUUGCAAAUAAAAUUGGCUCCGGCGAGCCCACCAGGUCUCUUUUCGGAAAGAGCUGGAUGGAGAAGGGGCGGAGCCGACGAGAGCUCCGUUUUCGGCAGACGACGAAAUUAUAAGCGCACUCGCUGCACACGGCUCACAUUAAAUAUGCAUGUUGGGAGGGAUUUUUGAGAUGUUAUGUACUUGGUCUGAUACUGGAAUAGACCGAAAAAUAUUCUAAUUUAGCAAAGAAAAAAGCUUUUUUUGUUGGUAUUUGUUUGGCUUCUGUAAGUGAUUACAAAAGAGACCCGAACAUCACUUAAGGGGUCACUUAGGGUCUUAGAACAGUUCUUCAGGUCUGACUUUUCAAUGUUUGGUUUAUGACGUCAUAAAGAGAAAAUAUAGAGAGAUUUCGAGAUUUUACGUACUUCAGAUCCUUCCAAAGUAGGCCAAAAAAAAAAGUGCAUUUUACAGUAUUUAAAUUCAGCAAAGGUAAAGAUUUUUUGGCUGUUCCAAGUUUAUACAGUGGUUUAAUUCGAUUUUCAGUAAUUAGACUUCAUGCGCCCGACGUUGAAACGGCUUGCGCUUACGCGCAUCAAAAUUAGUUGAAAUUGAGACUAAAAAUUGAAAUUUUAAAAAUUUUCAAAUCCGUUACCAUUUUGAGGGAGUGUGCGCAGAUGCGCGAAAGCUUAGGAAAAAUUAUUUUUUCAUAUUCAAAGUUUCAUUUCAGCUAUAACAGUUAUUUUUGAUGAUUUAUGGAACAAAAAAAAAUAUAAACAUGUCAUCAAUGUUUUCUCAUGCUGACCAGCUGUUCCAACGGGUGUACCCGUAUUAAACCGGUGUUUUUUAGGCUAUUUGAGUCUCUGUUGGGCUAAAAAAGGAAAAUAUCGGGUGAAAAAAAAUAGAUGACUCAGCUGUGUUUAUUUCGAAUAUCUGUGACCCAACUGAGCCAAAACGGUGCCUCAGCUGCGGGAAAAGUUCUACCAACUGUGCUGAUACGGGCUUAAUACGGGACCACCCGUGUUGGGCAACCCUCAUCAGCAUGAGAGCUCAUCUUUUUGGUUAAUUCUAUCAGAAACUCAAGAUUUACCUUUUUCAGGAAAAAUGACGAGGAUAUCGGACGACGUCUGUCCUCUGAAAGUUGUACUCGGCUGGAAAAACCCACAUUGCGGAAACGCGCUCGUUUUGCAGGAAAACGACACCGGCGACAUUUUGGUACAUAAAAACGAUGAAUAGGCUUCUCAAUGAUUCAUUCACUUGCAGUGGGACGCGUUCGAAAUCCCCGAAUUGGAGAACUUUUUGAGGAUUUUGAAAAUGGAGGAACAGCAGUACGUCUGGCAGACCAAGCAGAGAUACUCACAGUACAGGUUUAUCUGAGAAAAAAAAAAUUAUAACUGAAGUCUAUAAUAUUUUAGAUACAACAUCGAUGAUGAGCUCCGACGAAGAGGCCACUACGUCGGUGAUGAAUCGGGGAAACCGCCUCAGGAAUUCGCCCCGUCGGCUCCGGUAAUUAAUUAAUAAGGCUACAAAGAGGAUAAAUUUGGAUCUGAAAUAGCUUUUUGAGUGAUAGGAGUGCACUAAAAUUUUAGCUUAAGGUCGCUUGAAAUGGAAAAAAAUAUGUGUUUCUUGGCAGGAAUCGAGCCACCGACCUUCCGAGCGAUAAUAAUAGAAUUUGAAAGUCAUAAUGAAGCUACAGUAGAAACUUAUGGCUACUACCAGCUUUCAAAUAUGGCAAAAAAAUCCUUCAUAGAAGUCGAACCAGCGACCUUUUUAUUGUUAACGAAGAUUUUCUAGCACUUUUUUUACUUGGAUCAUGACUGUAUAGCUAACUUGAUCCUUUGAAAAAGGGCAAAAAGUUUUUCAUCGACAGGAUUUGAACCAACGACCUUUUGAGUUACUAAGAAGAUUUUUUGAGAGCGAUGAAGAACUACUAGAGAUUUUGAUGACUACUAUGAGCCUUCAAAAAUGGCAAAAAAGUUUUCGCUCCUAUGAGGUGUCGAACCGGUGACCCUCUGGUGAUAAGCAAAAGUUUUUUAUGGCCUUUAUGGGCUUCAGUCACGAUGUGUGGCAAAAAAAAACUUGAAAAUGAGUGAUUGGGACAGAAAUUGACUCAAUGAUUUUUUCGGCGUGCAAGAAGAGCCUCAAGUGUUAAAUUCAAGCUUCAAAUUUCGUUUUCUACGUCUUAUAAACGUUUUCCAGUCCCGCGACGGCGGCGAGUACGGUACCAGUGACAGUAUGGUCAUUUCGGACGUCUUCGCGACGAUGAAGCCGUCAAAUCCCCAUCCACAGCAGUUCCACGACCCCGAAUACGUCAAUCUCGAGUUUCUACAGAACCGACAGAUGGAUCAUUCCACGAACUUGUAG